UAAUUAAGAGCACAUGAGAAAGAAGACAUUAUGGAUCAUAAAAAAACAAGGCUCCGACUUCCGCUUUGUCAGGAGGUAGUUCUUCCUUUCAACCUUCUGCAUGUGACGCCCCCGAUGUCCCCCCCUCCGUGCCUCCGUCGGUGUUCAGAGUUGGUGAACGAGGAGGGAUACCUGGACGUGGACCAUCAGACGUUACGCAGCAGACAGUACUGCAACGUGUUCGGUAUCGGAGACUGUCUCGCUACACCUAACAGCAAGACUGCUGCUGCUGUUGCUCAUCAGAGCAGUAUCGUGGAGCAGAAUCUAUACAGUGUGAUGGUGGGUGAGGAGCCAACCGCCAAAUAUAAUGGGUACGGAGCCUGCCCAAUCCUAACCUCCUACAAGACUGGUAUAUUGGCAGAGUUCCUCUAUAACAAGUGCCCACAUGAAACCUUCCCGUUUGACCAGGUAAGACAUUAUGCAACCACAUUCUAUCUUAUAAUAUCUACACGUCAUAACUACUUUUAAUUAUAGAAGAAACUAUUCAGAUGAAAAUAUUAAUAAAUUUAAAACUAAUCUCAGUAGAAUUUCUUUUUCAAAUGUUUAUGAACAUAAAGAAUUAAAUAUUGCUUUUGAUGAAUUCUAUGAAACUUUUCUUCUUUUAUACAAUCUUUG